CAUAUUGACAAUUUUAGUGUUUUAGAUCCCGUGUGUUUCCAGCGCAACAUUUGAAUUCUGAAAUUGCCCCUACCUCCCCCCACUACUAUCGCUCAUGAGUAUGACAAGAUGACAGGAUAGUACUAGUGCUGGUGAGUAUCAGGCAGUUCUAGUAUAAAAUACACAAAGACUGGAAAAUGCCUAGAAUUUGCCACAAGUGCCACUGGCCUAAACUGCUCUGAAACAUGACAAACCUGUGUGACACUGAGACAUCUAAUUGCCACUCAUUGUUCCACUGCUUUACAGCUUCUGGCAUUGUGCAGGGUGUGUUAUCUGGUCUGGGAGUAACUUACUCACACAUCAGAUAGAGCUCAGCACUCAGUACUCAGUCAUACUCAUACUGUCUCUAUAUCUGCUCCUGAACCAUGAGACGCUCCUUCUUCUGGACUCUAUCAGCCUGCGCUCUGUGGGCUAUCAUUGGGCUUAUUUACAGAUUUACACAAAUACAAUUUUAUAUCAUAAAGCACCCCCAGAGGUUAAGUAAAGAUGCAAGUUUGGUGUCAACUCCAACCCAUCAGUCUACAGCCCCUGAAGAUAAAGAGCUUCAGAACUUGCUGAGACUGACAACAUGGAACAUUGUACCAGUCCCUGAUGACUUUCAGCUUUCCACGAGUCAAAACACUUCCUCCUUCACAUUACUGCACCCACGUUCCACCUAUACCAUGGGAGAAACCAUAGAAGUUCUAGUCACAGCUAAGGACCACAAAGGUCGUCCAAAGACAUAUGGAGGAGAUUACUUUAUUGUGAAACUUUACUCUACCAGUAUGAAAGCUGGAGUUACUGGAUCUGUCCAAGAUCACAACGAUGGUACCUACACAGCAACAUUUCUUCUUGUCUGGCCAGGAGAGACAAAGAUCUCAGUUAAACUUAUGCAUUCAAGUGAGGCCAUUGCUAUUCUGCAUGAGAAGAGAGACUCACGUCCAGACAAGAUAUACUUCUAUGGACACUAUGAGUUGAAUGGAACCAAGGAAAUGGUAGAGUGUAAUUUUGACCUCCCCGGACGUGAUGUUUGUGAAUAUUAUGAUGCAGCGAGCGGUGAGAAGUGGGUGUGCGUCCGGCCAAAGAAGCUCCCUUGUAACUCGUACCGUCAACAUUCUGCUGGAGGCAGCCGUGACAUCCUCACUACUAUGGAGAUGGAAUUCCUUUCAAUGUCCGUUACUGACCAGGAAAUUCCGAUUAAUCUGAAACCUCUCAAUGUACUGCCCAACAAGAACAGCAGGAAUAGAACAAGGACAGUGUGCACUUCAGGGCUUCCAAUUCCAGACCCCUCUGGGUUUUAUUAUCAGGAUUUGUGGGAGUCUCUUGUCUGUUCCAACCAGCAUUUCCCUGAUGCUUCCAGUGUAGCCAAUUGUCUGGCUGGGAAAAAUGUCUACAUGUUUGGAGAUUCUACCCUGCGCCAAUGGUGGAGCUAUCUAGUUGACUUUAUACCCACACUCAAAGAGAUAGAUCUCCACGCGCCACACCAUCCAGGUCCUCAUCUGGCAACAGAUUCAAAGUAUAAUUUUUUGGUCCAAUGGAGAGCACAUCAGAAGCCACUGCGCAUGGAGACGAUUUGGUUAAGGGAUCUUCACUACAUUGCAUCUGAACUUGACAACCUGGGAGGACGAAAAGGGAUGGUUAUUGUUAUUAAUUGCUGGGCUCAUUUUCUCACUUUCCCCAUAGAAGCAUAUGUACGACGACUUCGUGGCAUCCGAGAUGCUGUAAAAAGGUUUUUGGAGCUGAACUCUGAAGUUAAGAUCCUUAUUAAAUCAGCCAACACUGGGUAUCGCUUCGCCCAUGCAAGUGACUGGCUGUCUCUUCAGCUUGACACAGUAAUGAGAGCCAUGUUCUCAGACUUGCCAGUUACUAUUUUGGAUGUUUGGCAGAUGACGUCCUGUCACCGAGCGCCAGAAAAUCUCCAUCCACCAAAAGUCAUUGUCAAGAAUGAAAUUGACUUAAUGCUCUCAUUUAUUUGCCCUUCCUGAGACUUAUUGGUGCCUCUUUAUCUUUGCCAGAACUGCUCAUUUUGUGAAACACUAGUCUAGAUUAUACACAUUAAAAUCCUACACUACCUCAUCAUGGAAAGGUCCUGUUCAAUAGUUUUCUGUCCCCAGUGAUACAGAUUAUUGCUAUAUAUAACUAUCUGAAGACACAAUUCCAACUACCUGCAUUCCAAACUGUGGGACUUGCUCUUCUAGUCUGACUUCAAUGGGUUUGGGUACCCAGACUGAAGGCCAAUUAGGGUAAAUGUUUAUUUGCUCUUCAAAAGGUCAAAAGCCAGACUGCAUAGGAUCUAGCAGAUUAUUGGUGCAGAAAAAGUUAGUAAUACAUUCCAGAAGUCAUUCCAGAAGUUUAGAGGCUAGCGGUAAGAGAGAGAUAGAACGGUAGUUAGACAAACAGGAUGGGUGCAGUUUUUUCAGAAUGAGCUUGACACAGGCCUGUUUGAAUAAUGAGGGGAAAGUUAGGGUGAAUGUAUAUUUGCUCUUCUAGACCUUCUAGAUCUAGAUAUAGAAGAAGCUCAGUUUGAGGGUUGGUUUGGGUGAGACAUAGGCUGGCUUAUAUCAUCAUGAGACUAUAGCUGAAUAGUUGCUAAAUCAAAAUACCAAAAAACAGUGUAAGAAGCAGAGGCCAAUGCUGAUUGGUGGAAGAGAGCAAUGUACAUUAUACAUGGCGUAAGUAGGCUACUCCAGAAUUAUGGUUUAAAUUGUUUAUUUAACUAUUUAUUUGGGUGUCCCUGACUCUCUUACCACCACUUAACCCUGAAUUUGUGUCAAGAAAUGAGGUCACAGAACUAGUAACCACUUCCUCUGCCCUUCUGUCUCCCCAAUUUUUUAUUUUCCUCUGUGUCCAUCUCUCAGUCCAUUUUUUCAUCUGCCCUUCUGUCUCCCCAAUUUGUUAUUUUCCUCUGUCCCCUCUCUCAUCCUGUUUUUUCAUCUGCCCUUCUGUCUCCCUAAUUUUAUAUUUUCCCGUCACCUCUCUCAGUCCGAUUUUUCAUCUGCCCUUCUGUCUCCCCAAUUUUUCAUUUUCCUAUGUCCCCUCUCUCACUAGGCUUGCCACCUUUUAAAAAAAUCUUCACCGGCAGGUG